GCUUCGUUUGAGUUAUGGCGUCGAUUAUGAAGUGGGUCUGCGAAUUAUAUGGGAAGAAAUUAAUUUUUUUGGCGCUUCUGAUAAACAUUGAUGUUUGUGUAGACCAAUCAUCAAUCAUGUCUCUGACUUUGAACGCACAGUUUACAAGUGUGACAGUUGAUGAGCUGACUGCUAUGACCCUGAGAUGUGAUGUUGACAGUAAUCCAGGAUCUCUCAUCAAACUUUUGAACAACUCACAGACUCUACGUGAAGUGACAAACUCUAAACAGGCUGAGUACACGUGGAACGAGGCUGGAUGUCUGGAUGCAGGACACUACAUGUGUGGAGCAGGAAACAACAUCAAGACAGUUGUCAGUGAAAGUGUGCAGCUUGUUGUUAGUUGUGCACCGAGAUUAGACCAUCGCGUUCCAUUCCAGAAAGAGUUUACAGCGGCAGUAAGUGGUAAUGUUACUCUGAAGAUAUCAGUGAUUGCUAAUCCAACACCGACAUUUACCUGGUACCAUGUGACUGAUGGAAACAAAAAUACUAUUGGAUCUGGUGGUUCAUCUACAACUGACGUGUCUGCUGUUGGGAAACUCACACUAACAAAUGUUCAGCAAGGAAAUAUUGGGACCUAUCAGGUUGUGGUGUCUAAUGGAGCUAAAAACACAGAUCUUGUGAAGAACCUGACACUUGAACCUGUACACUUGAUGUAA